CUUUGUUUGCUGUUUUCUUAUCUCUCUCUCUCUCUCUAUGGAGUAGAACCCUCUCUCACUUGGGUAUGAAGAACCCUAGUUCUAUGUGUUAGGAAUCACUAUUGUAACGACUUUUGGAUUGUGAUAUUGUUUGAUUAUAAUCGAUUGAAGUGUUUUGAUUGAGUCAAUUGAAGUCUGAUCACCUUUUAUUGAUUUCUGCUGCAACCUGAGAUAGAUAUAAUCUGAUUAGGUUGUUAGAGCUUCUUCAAUCGGUAGUAGUGAAUCGAUUAUACGAGAGUUAAUCGAUUCAGUGCUUUGUACUGGAAUCUAAUUCCAGUAGUGGGGUUCUGUGUUCAUUGCCUCAGCGUUCUAUCCCGGUGAAGGCUAGUCGUCUGCCGGGUAGUUUGACUGAGUGCUUAAGAGAUUCCAAGCUACUGUCGGAUCUUCCGCAGUAUAAUCAGCAGUAAAGAAACCAAAAGUAAUUACAACUGUGACCUAACUAAGGAGCUAGGGGGGCUCAUUCCCGAGUGACCCUUCCUUUGCUUUAGAAAACCGAACCAAUUCCUGCUUUCUUACUGCUUUUAGUUAAAAAUCACAAUCAAUCGACUUAGUUGGCUAGAUAAUAGAUAUUCACGGAGUAGGCAGUAGAUCUAGACCCCGGGUUGAUAAAUAGAGCUUGCCACUUUACUGCAUUUCUGGAUUGCGAUUACACUUGGCCGCAGUUUGGUGUUGUGUUUCAGCGUGUCAGUGACCUUAUGUGAAGUCACCUUGAAUUGCACCCCAAGUCGAAAACCGAGAGGGUCGAGGCCCAAUGCGGACAAUAUCUUGCUCGGGAAAAGGUUCGGGAUGUUACAAGUGGUACCAGAGCCUCUCCAAGUCCCUCUUGAACGAUGGUGGAGCAAACCUCAACAAAGGCGUUGAGUCCCAAGGGAGUGUGUAUGUAACACCUUAGGCAAAUCGCACAUCGACAAAAUACGGGAGAGAUCCAUGAUUCAUAAGUAAGAAACCGACAUUAACUAAUAAGACGAGUUUUAGGGUAAAAUGGAUGAAUUUUUAUGAGAACUCCAAAAUUAAACGUGUUUGAUCUAGAGUACAACAAGAAUGGAUGAAAUGAAAUGUCUCUCUUUCUUUUAAAAAAAAAAAAAACGCCUCCUCCUUUUUCCGGAGUCGGCCAAUUCUUAAUCAACCGUCUCUCUUUCUUUUCCCCUCUAUCCGUCUCUGUCGCCGAAAGCCUCCGUGUCAAACUCGCGUUUUUCCUUAAAACAGCACUAUAACAGCGACGAAAGCACGACAAAGCUUUCGAAUCUCUCUCUCUCUCUAAGCUCCCCUUCUGCUGCAUUCCCUUUCAAUUUCCCCCAAUUCUGUGAUUAAACCCAAAUAUCUGCUAGAAGCCUCCGUCGUUUGAUCCUCCCCCUGAUCCUGAUCUACCGCCAAUCUCUGAUUUCCCCCUUCCCUGAUCGGAGUUGCGGAAGUGGGUUUUGUUGGGUUUCCUUACUAUUUAUCUGGGUUCUUUCUUUAAUUGGUUGAAAUUUCCGGGAGGAGUUGGAAAAAAGGAAGAAAAUAUAAAGAGAAGUUUCUGGGUUACGUGUGUUUGUUGAGGGGAGAGCAAGCGAUGUUGACCUUGUGGAACUAGAAUGGAACUAGUGGUUACGCACCAACAGCAUCGAAGGCAACCGGAAGAGCAAGGUAAUAAUAACCUAUAGCACUAGCACCAGUAGAAGAAGAGGAAGUAAAAUCACGAUGACGCUUUACAUUGGCCGGGAAGCUUCAAAGCUAUGGAAGAGAAUUUGUGCAGAGACAAGUACAGAGAUCAAUCUUCUAGCGGAGAACUGGAGAUAUAUUCUUGCAGGCUUGAUUUGUCAGUACAUUCAUGGUUUGGCUGCGAAGGGGGUUCAUUAUUUCCACCGACCAGGACCGAUAUUGCAAGAUGUUGGAUUUUACCUACUUCCGGAGCUUGGCCAAGAUAAAGGGCACAUUAGUGAGAUGCUGUUCACCUGUGUCUUUCUAUCAUUUAUUUUGUGGACAUUCCAUCCUUUCAUCUUCAAGGUCAAGAAGAUAUACACAGUCCUAUUGUGGUGCAGGGUUCUAGCAUUUCUAUCUGCCUCUCAAUUUCUUCGGGUCAUCACGUUCUACUCCACGCAACUUCCUGGUCCAAAUUAUCAUUGUCGUGAGGGCUCAAAACUUGCCAGAUUACCACGUCCUCAGAGUGUACUUGAAGUUCUCCUGAUUAACUUUCCUAAGGGCGUCAUGUUUGGUUGUGGUGAUUUGAUCUUCUCAUCGCACAUGAUCUUCACAUUGGUAUUUGUCCUUAGCUAUCAGAAGUAUGGAUCCCAUAGAUGGAUAAAGAACUUAGGUUGGCUUGUUGCCGUGGUUCAGAGCCUUCUGAUCAUUGCAUCCCGGAAGCACUACACAGUUGAUGUUGUGGUUGCAUGGUACACUGUUAAUUUGGUGGUAUUCUUUGUGGACAAGAAAUUACCUGAACUCCCUGAUCGGACCGGUGGAGCUGCAACUUUGUUGCUACCUUUGACUACCAAAGACAAGGAUGAAAAGACCAAAGAAGAGAAUCACAAGCUAUUGAAUGGAAACUCAGUUGACGAUUGGCGGCUGAGAAGCCAAGUGAAUGGCAAGAUCAUGGAAGAUACGAAUGGCAUCCCUCCUAAUACGAAUGCCAUGAACGGUGCAUAGACAUAUGAGUGCAAUGAACGAAGCUCUUCUGCCACUCGAGAAAACUGCUCUGCCGCGGAAUGGACUACUAUGGCUUGGCUCACUUUACUCUAGAGAAAGAAGAAUAUGAGUAGGCUCAUGUAACUUAAUGCUUUAGCAGUCGGUCCUUCCUCUCUUGUUGUGUGGUACUGAAAAAAUCCAGCAACACUUAAUUAGUAGCAAUAUCAUCAAUGGUUUCCUUUGUGUAAUGAAAAAUUUUCGGGAAGCUCCUGUUGUUUCUUCUUUAACUGUGAUUCUUUUCUUUUAUUUAUUAAUUAUUAUAUCAUUAUUGAACAGUGAAAGAUACUUCUCUUUGGCGAAUUGAAGGCUGUAGUUAUGAUGGAAGUAAAAAGCCAACAACAAGGAGUUGAGAUUUUGUUUAUGUUAAGAAGAUGUUAACAGUUGUGUACUUGUGUUUGGUUCGGUUGGAAUUCCAGCGAGUUACAGGCCGUUGGGAAAAAAAUGAUUGAGAUGACAUGUGCUGUCCCGUGAUUUCCUUUUCCCCUGAUUGCUCCAUGAUUGUCCAGCUCUUUGCCAUCUGGAUUUCACUAUUUUGGUUAUCACACAAUUUUGCCCAUUAACCCUUUUAAAUAUCCCUACUACUACUACUACCCUGCACUUUCCCUAUGUAUUUUACUCUCUCGGGUUUAUGUACGUCUAUUUCAAUCGUUUAUAUAUUAUCUAACAAACGAUUUAAGGUGAAAGGUAAAGAAAUUAUAAUUGAACAAGCAAACAUGGUAAGUUGUGGUGAAUUUGAUUUGAGAAACCUUCACCCAGAUAUUGUUCUCCCUAAUCUCGUGUUAAGAUGUAAUCAAUGAAACUCUAGUGUGAAAAGUGUUAUUAUAUACCGUGAGGAGCAUGCAACUAGUUAGGAAACCCCAACUCUUUUAAUCGAUCAACUAAGGAUUGCACGAUAAGCUAGGAAACCUAGCUCUCUUAAUCGAUCGACUAAGGAUCCUCGGAAGUUAAUCCGGAACAGAGAAAAGCAACCAAUCAAGAUGAAACCAUGGCACUAAUCCGACGUGUGAGGUUUGUCCUUAAUUGCCCUAGAAGGGGUUGCCCAAAUUGCCAAGGUGUGGGCUAUGAGGAGAUUUCCUCCUUCUAGGUCAAAAUGCCCAACAUUUGAGAUAUGAUAAAUAACAGAAAAAAUUCAUGAAAAAUACCUCACACAUUAUAUUAAUCACAAACCCAACACAUAAAGAGUUCAAAUCUUACAAUCUAACGCACCCUAGACUAGCGUUUCCAAUACCCAAGUGAAAUGGGAGACUACUUCAUAGCUAGGAAGAGAGAUACAACAAAGAUGGAACAAAAAAAAGCCAUGGUGAGAUGAUCCUCCUUCCUUCUAGUUGCUUGAUUCACCCUUUAGAGAGAAAAAAAUCUUCAACCCUCUAGCCUUGGGUAAGUCAAAUCCUUUUGUCUUCCUCCUAUUAGCUCGUCACUUUCUCUCUCUAUUUGAAAAAGAAGACCAAAGUCUCUCUCUAGAACUCUUUUUUAGGUUUCAGCUCCCUCUCCUUUAUACACUCCAGUCGGGGUCGUUUCACGAUCAAAUAUCACGCCCAUGAUGUUGAACGCUUGACCGUGAUCUCGGUGCAAAACGCAGUCGUUUUAGUAUAAAUGACAUCACGGGCUGCUAGGAAAUAUCACCUAAUGAAUUGCCCAACGAGCC